AGGUACCGCUGCCAGGCACUGCUUAGGUCCAUUGCGCUAAUUUAGAUCACCCAAUCCCGUGCUUUGAUAAAAGUGGUCCAGAUUCAUUAUCAGCUUAUCGCAAGAAAAAAAGUUCGAGGUCAAACUACGAGAGGCAUUGGAAAUUUUAGAGUGCCCAGCUCAAAGAUACAACGAUACAUCUAACAAUUUUCAUAUAACACCGCCAGCAAAAUGGGUGUCGGUCGUCGCAUGAAGAAGCAGGGCCCUCCUGAGCCACUGUCAGAAGAACACUUUGCGAAAUUAAAGCGAAAGGCAGGUCUACCUGUAGACGAUGUUCCGACCGAAGCACCGAACAAGAAGAAGCGGAAAACCGCAACCGAACUAGCUCCCAAGUCCAAUGGCGCUGGUGCAAAGAAAGCUGCUCCUAAAGCCAAUGGAAAGUCCAAUGGCGUGAAAGCUGCCCCGGCGCCUAAGCAAAAUGGAAAGAACAACAGGUCGAAAGCAAAGAAGCCAGCUCCCGUGCCAGAGUCCGAUGAAGAGCUUAGCGACGGCCUUGGUGAUGGGCUGAGCGGCUCCGAGCCGGACGGAGACGAAUUCUCCGGUCUAGAGGAUGAGGAGAUGGGCGGCCUAGGAGAUGAUUUCAUAGGCUCAGACGACUCCGUCUUCGAUUCAGAUGCAGAGGACCAGAGGGAGCGAAAGGCCAUGUUCUCAGAGGAUGAAGAUGAUUCGGACGCUGAAGAGAAAUUAACGGCGGCCAACAUUGUCGGUCUAUCAAAUAAACUAGACAGGCAAAGAGCGCAAGAGGAGGCGGAGGCGCAAGCAGAAUUAGAAGAAGCAGCACUCCAGACUAACAUUGAGCGACCGCAUGUCAUCGAUGAUGAAGAAGAGGACGAUUUAGCAUUAAAGACAAAGGCUCUCUUAGCCCCGGAUCUUCAAUUACUAAGGACGAGAAUUACGGACACGAUACGUGUCUUAGACGACUUUGCGAACGCAUCGGAGGAGGGCAGGUCCAGAGCCGAAUACACGACACAAUUGCUGAAGGACAUCUGCGCAUACUACGGUUACUCAGAGUACCUUGCCGAGAAGCUUAUGAACCUAUUCCCACCAAGAGAAGCUUUCGCGUUCUUCGAGGCUAACGAGACGGCGCGACCUGUCGUCAUCCGAACUAAUACUCUACGAACGCAUCGCCGAGAUUUAGCUCAGGCCCUGAUAAAUCGCGGUGUCACUCUGGAGCCUGUAGGCAAGUGGUCUAAGGUUGGGUUACAAAUCUUCGAGAGCAACGUUCCGCUUGGUGCCACGCCUGAAUAUCUUGCUGGUCACUACAUUCUCCAGGCUGCAUCCUCCUUUUUGCCCGUCAUGGCUCUGGGCCCACAAGAAGGCGAGCGAGUGCUGGAUAUGGCCUCUGCUCCUGGUGGUAAAACUACGCAUAUGGCUGCUAUGAUGAAGAACACCGGUUGUAUAUUUGCCAACGAUCCGAGCAAAUCUCGUUCGAAGGGUCUAAUUGGUAACAUUCAUCGUCUCGGCUGUCGCAACGUUAUUGUCUGCAAUUAUGAUGCCCGAGAGUUCCCGAGGGUGAUUGGUGGCUUCGACAGAGUACUUCUUGAUGCUCCUUGUUCAGGUACAGGAGUUAUCGCCAAGGAUGCCUCGGUCAAGACGAACAAGGACGAGAAGGAUUUCAUGGUCUUACCCCACACCCAGAAGCAACUAUUGCUAGCUGCAAUUGAUUCGGUCAACCACUCAAGCAAGACUGGUGGCUAUCUAGUCUACUCUACAUGUUCAGUCACUGUCGAGGAGAACGAGCAAGUAGUCCAAUAUGCGCUCAACAAGCGACCUAACGUCAAGUUGGUCUCCACCGAGCUCCCCUUCGGUAAAGAAGGUUUCACCAGCUAUAUGGGCAAGAAGUUCGACCCUAGUCUACGCCUAACGCGGAGAUACUACCCGCACACAUACAACGUAGACGGUUUCUUCGUCGCCAAAUUCCAGAAGGUCGGCCCGACACCCGCCAACCUCGUCAAGGACAAGCCUGCUCAAGGCGCCUCAGCACCGCGCGCAGAGGAAGAAGAGGUUAUUGACAAGACGCCCAUCACAGAUGACAAGGUGUCUGGACAGGAUGAUGAGUUUGGCGGUUUCGAUGACGAGGAAGAUGAGAAGUAUAUGGAGAGGGCGAAGCGUAACGCUAUGAGGAAACGUGGUCUUGAUCCUAAGGCGUUGAACAAGCCAAGCGCGAACGGUAAUGCGGAGGAGAAGAGCGAGGCUAAGAGCGAAGAGAAGAGCAAGACUAAGAGUGACGAAAAGAGCGAGAAGAGUGAGAAGAACGAAAAGAAUAAGGAGAAGAGCAAGAGUAAGACUGCGGCCAAGAGUGAAGGCAAGACGAAGAGCAAAAAGAAGACGUAGCCAGAAACUUAAAGGCGUAAUGUUAUUCUCGUUUAGGAUCCAGGAAAAUGCAAUGCUAAUUAAAGUGUUCUUGAGUGGCCCAUACCGGCAGCUACCAUGUUACCUUGAUGCCAUUUUUCAUGAUCU